UUAGUCGAAUGAAUAAUAUAUAAGUAGAUAAUCGGUACUUUUUAUUUAGUUACUAUUUCGCAACUACACAGUGAUAAUGGUAAAGUUGUUAGUUAGUUUGCUCUGCGCUUCGUUAUGCAGUACAGUACUAUGUCAGCAACGGGAGACCAGAAUAGUACAAAUCUCACAAGGUCCCGUAAGGGGCUACAAGGACCCUGAAUAUGGCGUCUACACAUUCUUUGGUAUCCCCUACGCGACUGCUCCUACAGGUCUAGACAGAUAUAAGGCUCCUCUCCCAGGACCAUCGUGGCUGACUCCGUUUGAUGCAGACAAUGAUAGAAUAAUAUGUCCGCAGGCUACUGUUCCUCUUUUUGAACCAUUCUAUACAAAUUCUGAUAAGUGGCAAAAUUGUUUGAUUGCAAAUGUAUAUGUACCGGAUACUACUGAAAAAAAUUUACCAGUAUUAGUGGUUGUUCAUGGAGGAAGUUUCCAAGUUGGCAGCGGUAACAUACUCAAGCCAAUGAAUUUAGUUAAAAGCAAUAAUAUUAUUACGGUAACAUUUAACUACCGCCUUGGCAUACUGGGAUUUUUAUGUUUGGGUACUCCUACUGCACCUGGUAAUGCCGGUAUGAAAGAUCAAGUGGCGUUACUUCGGUGGGUGCAGAAGAACAUAGCUAAAUUCGGAGGUAACCCCGAUGAUGUUACUGUAUCAGGAUACAGUGCAGGUUCGGGAUCAGUGGAGCUACUGAUGUUGUCACCUUUAGCAAAGGGAUUAUUCAAAAAAGUUAUUUCCGAAAGUGGUUCAGCUCUGGCAUCUUUUGCUGUUCAAACAGAUCCUCUCGAUAUUGCUAAGAAAUUCGCAAAAAUGUAUAUUGAACAUGUAGACAACAACUAUGCUUUAGAAGAAUUUUAUCAGAAUGCUUCUUUAGAAAUAUUAACAAGUGAUUCUUUUGCUUACGAGAAAGAUUCUACGUUUUUUUCACCAUGCGUAGAAGGUAAUGUAGGACAAGAAGUUUUCCUUGCUGAUAGUCCGUAUGAUAUUCUUAAAAGAGGCAAUUAUAAAAAACUUCCUUAUCUUGCGGGUUUUACUAAUGGAGACGGUUUACUUAACAUCGGUAUAUUCGAUCAGUGGAAAAACGAGAUGAAUGACGAUUUUUCAGAAUUCCUGCCAGCUAAUCUUCAAUUUAUAAAUAAGAAACAAAAAGAGAAAAUCGCGAAAGAUAUCAAAGAAUUUUAUUUUGGAAAUAAGACAGUUAGUGAGGACACCGUAGUAUCUUAUGUAGAUUAUUUCACGGAUGUUAUGUUUGCUCACCCUGCAGUACAAGCUGUUCAGUAUCAUGUGAAAGCUGGGAGUAAAGUUUAUUUAUAUCAAUAUAAUUAUGUAGAUGAAUUGACACCUUUUAUUCCAUAUUCUAAUGUGAAGAAGGCAUACCAUACCGCAGAAUCUUUUGCUGUGUACGAUGGACUUAAAUUGUUUAAUAUCACCGAAAACAAUUUACCUGAAAACAAUAGGCAACAUAAAGCCAUUAUGAGACAACUGUGGGGCAACUUCAUCAAAACAGGAGCACCUGUCCCGGAAGGUUCCUCUCUGCCUUCGUGGCCCCCGACGGGGGAGAACGCCUCACCUCACAUGUCUUUGGGACAGACGAUUGAGUUGGGUGGUUCCCUGAUAACUGAAGGCGUACAAUUGUGGGACAAAAUCUACAAACGACACUACAGGGAACCUCAACAAGCUAAGCGAUCAAUAUUCGAUAUUAUAAAUUAUCUCUAAUAUUUUGUAUACAAUGAAUGAAGGUCUGAGACUGAUUUAAUUAUUGUGUUAAUGUUCCUCAGCCUGCGAUACUGUAAAAAUU